AUGUCUACCGACGAAGUAGAACUUGCCAUUGUGCGUGUUAUUGAGGAACUAAUAAAAUUAAAAAGGGGAAAUAAACAAGUAGCUAAAGGUAAUAAGAAAAUGUGUUUAAAAACGUGGAUACUAAAGAGGAAUCAAUUGGGAGUAUCUAACACAUUGCUAAGAGAAUUGGCACUCGAAGACCAUCAAAGUUAUUCUAACUUUUUGCGAAUUAAUGAAGAUAUGUUCAAUAUUUUAUUGCAAAAGAUCCAACCAAAAAUACAAAAAAAAGACACAAUAAUGAGAAGUACAUUACCUGCUAAGAUAAAACUGGAAUUGGCAUUGCGAUAUUUAGCAACAGGAGAUUCAUAUAAAACAUUGCAGUAUAUGUACAGAGUGGGAAAGUCAUCAAUUUGUGACUUCAUGCCAGAAGUUUUCCAAGCAAUUUAUGAACUACUACAAGAGUAUAUUGAGGUUCCUUUUGAAAAAGUAAAAUGGAAUAAAAUUGUCAACGGUUUUGACAAUCUUUGGAAUUUUCCACAAUGCACAGGUGCCAUUGAUGGAAAACAUAUUGUCAUGGAAUGCCCAUCAAAUUCAGGCUCAAAUUACUAUAACUAUAAAGGCACUUUUAGUAUAGUUUUGCUUGCAUUAGUCGACCAUAAUUACAACUUUUCUUGCAUCGAUAUAGGAAGUUACGGAAGCAAAUCAGAUGGCGGAGUUUUUGCAAAAUCUGCUUUGAAAAAAGCAUUAGUAGAAAAUAAGUUGAAUAUGCCACAUGAAAGUGUAAUUCUAGGAGAUGAGGCCUUUCCUUUACAAACUUAUUUGAUGAAACCUUUUGCAAGAAGAAACAUUUUAACAAAACGCGAAAAAAUAUAUAAUUACAGACAUUGUCGUGCCAGAAGGAUUGUAGAAUUUGGAAUAUUUGCAAGUCGUUUCAGAAUAUUUAGACGACCAAUUCCGUUGUCUCCAGAUAAAACAAUCAAAUUAGUUAAAGCUGCCUGUGCUCUACAUAACUGGAUAAGAAAAACUGGUAAUAGUUCAAAGCCUAUAUCAGUUGACAUUGAAGAUACUGAAACACGAAGUCUUAUAGAAGGUUCAUGGAGCAAUUAUCCAAAACCUUCAGGUUUAUUGGAUUUAACACCUAUUCAAAGAAAUUAUGCAACAGAUGCAAAACAAAAGAGAAAUUAUUUAGCAGACUAUUUUGUUGGAGAAGGAGCAGUUGUGGCAAAAUCGAAUGAAUGA